UAUUCUACACCAUCCCAAAGUUUGUCCUUAGAGGAACAUUAACAUCUCUCUGGGCUUCUUGAUUUAUACCUUGUAAAGACACAAUUUAAUUAGGAUGUCCCAGAGUGGGGUUUUCGUCUCUUGAAGUGUGGAUAUUGGUCGACUUAUGGAACAUGCCAUCUCUGAAUACUCAAUUAAGGCAGUCCACUCACAACUCUCCCCUUCUAUUUUGGACUCCCUGAUAACCUGGGCUCAGUGCUAGUUACUCUAAAACACUCUGAAGUUACCAUUGGGCUCCUUCUCUCAGCGGACGGGUACUCAUCUUGGGACUCUUGCUGUCCAGGACAAAUGGACGUCUCUGGCUCUACUUCCUUUUCCUCUUCCCCUUCCCCUUCAUACACCUUCCCCUUUCUCACUAACCUGUCCCUUCCCUCGUCAUCUCCUUCUCUCUCCCCAUCCCCGAGUGUAGCCUCCACAGCUCUCUUCUGCUUUUUCCUAUCCCUUCUUUCUCUGCUGGGCAUUGUUGGCAACCUCUACACCCUAGGGCUUCUCAUUCGCCGCCGUAGGAUGUCAAGAAGGCGGCGUAGCGCUCCUACCUGUUGUUACCCCUGCCUCGGCACCUCCUCCCCUUCUUUCUCUCCCUCUUCCUCUCCCACCUCCUCCUCCUCGUCUUCUUCCCUCCACCUGCAGGUUCUGAGUCUGGCUCUGGCAGACCUGGUGUACCUCUCCACCGCCCCCUUCAUUGUGUACGACAGCCUGGCAUCUGACUGGGCCUUCGGUGAACUAGGCUGUCGGCUCCUACUCAGCCUGGACUUGCUCACCAUGCAUGCAAGCAUCUUCACCCUCACUGCUAUGAGCCUGGAUCGGUAUCGAGCUGUGGCCGAUCCAUUGGCAGCCUCGUCCACACCUUCCUCUGGACUCCUGAGGGUCGCUUUGGCCUGGGGUUUUGCCGUGGCUCUCAGUUUGCCCAUGAUGAUCACCCUGCACCUGGAAGACGGAGAGAACCAGGAAGGCAAGUUGUGCGUUCCCGCCUGGGAUGAACAGAGUUCAAAAGCUUACCUCAGUGUGCUUUUCUGCACCAGCAUCCUAGGCCCAGGACUGGCCAUCGGAGCCUUGUAUGCAGCUUUAGGGAGACUCUACUGGGUAUCUCAGACGCAACCAGCUUGGGUCGGAGGGGGCAACGCCUACCCACCCCGUGCACCUCGCCCCAAAGUCCUGCUCCUCAUCCUGGGGAUUGUGCUGACUUUCUGGGCUUGUUUCCUUCCAUUCUGGAUCUGGCAGCUUCUACCGCUGUACCGACCUGAGGUUCUGCGUGUGGUGCCGGUGGGCACGCAGGUGACCAUUAAUCGCAUCCUCACAGGGUUGACUUAUGGGAACUCGUGUGUGAAUCCGUUCUUCUACACACUGCUGACAGGCAAGCGCAGGCGGACCAGCAGGAAGACCAUAAGUGCGGCUGCUCCACUUUGUCACAAGGGCAGCUCUGAACAACAAUAACAGCUGCCCACUUUUUUGUCCCCCAUGCAGCCCAUGACCAGUAAGACUGUGCAUAGUUAUCUUUAUUAAACAGAUUACUAAUUUUGGUGCUUAAGGGCUUAAUGAUUAUAGCUUUACACGUGUGUUGUGCAAAUAGUAAUACUCUGUAAUCCAAGGCAAUGAUGGUGUACUUUCUCUGCUCCCUGGACUACAUGUAUAAUUAUAGAUAAUCUAUAAGCAUAGUGUAUAAAGGUCCCCGCAAUCCAAAAUGAAAUACUAAGUGACGAGUUCUUAUAAGUGUUUCUGAAAUAUUUAGGGUUCAUCACCUUUGAAGCAGAAACCAAACAAUUCUGGUCAAACUGCGUGUGAAACAUCUGUUUUAUGGGGCAACUUGAAAGGGACAGACAAGCUUUGUCAGGAUGAAUAGCCCCGGGAUGGUCUGACAACAGGUGUGAACCAUUUAAAUACCAAAUUGGUUUAUUAGCCUAAGUGCAAAGGAGAAAUUAUAUAGUAAAGAUUUGGCUCAAAGCUAAAGGACGUGUCAGAGUUUGCUCUGUUGAGGAGGAUAAAUCACUUCUGUCAUGAAGCCAAGGCACACAAUCUCUCAUUCUCCAAUAGGACAUUACGUUCUCCAUGAGGUACUUCGUUAUUCUCAACUAAAACCUCAUUUUUAGCCAACAGAUCUGUUAUAGUACUGACUUUGUGUAUUAAUUGGCACCUUAUAUGACUAAUUUGUCUUUUUUAUUAUUAAUUGAAUUAUGUGAUUUAAAAAAAAAUUAGAAAAUCUUAAAAUGAUACUUUUUCCCCCAGUAGCACAUCUUCACACAUUUGUUCCAUUUGCAUCCCUUUUCUUGUUUAUGCAUGUUAAUGGACAAUAGAGAAAUAUUUUUGUGUAUCUAAAAAAAAAUGUUCAAAUGUUAAAUCAUACUGUAUUAAAAAAAAGAUCCUGGCAUUUCUGUAUUAUAUUUGUUAUGUUUUCCUGUUAAAUAAUGCAUUGCUUUGCACAAGAAAACUUGCCUGAAAUAAUCUGUAAAUGAA